AUGGCAACAAACGAAAAUAUUUUUACUCCCGGUACUUUGACAUAUAGAACUAUAGGAAUUAUAUCAAUGUUUUACAAUUACAUCCCAUUACAAAAGGUUCAUGACUAUGAAGAAUUCAUUUUAAUGGGAAUCGUAAUUUUCUUACUCAUCUUUGUUUUGUACUUAAUUGUUACUGCUUUCCAUUAUAAGAAGACAUCUAAAGUAUCCAAAGCAAACACAAUAAUCUUAUCAAUCUUCAUUGCAAUUUGCCCAUUCUUGUUCAUGCCAGUUGUUUCGCAGUUCGUUGGUGAAAUCAUUUCAAAUAUGGUCUCAAAAGUACAUCCAAUAACACGCUUAUCUUUAAUUGCCAUUGAAGUUUCUAUCUUCACCAUUGGAAUUUAUUUCUGGUUGAUGAUUGCUACUUAUUCAACAAGUCUUGCUUUCAGACCAAUCAGUUUCCCAACCUUGGAAGGUUCUGCACAAAACAGGUUAUAUGUUUGCACAACUGUUAUUUCAUUUUUAUGUGCAUUCCCAGCACAUAUCGAUAAAUACGGUGCUGCAGUUAUAAUUAUAAUAUCAAUCUUUGUUUACUGCUACUUAAUCACAACAUUGUUCAAUUGUGGAACAUAUAUUAACUUACAUCAACAAACAUUAGUUUUAGGUGGUUCAAUGUUAAGUAUCAUUAUUUGUGCAGUAAACUUAUAUCCAUUAGUAAUGGAGUACCAAUGGAAUGAAAUCUUCUUUGUUGUUUUCUUUGGUUCUGCUUUAGUUUGUUUCCUUGUUUCUAAUUUCAUCAUCAAAGCAAGAGCAAGAAAGGAUCUUAGACUAUUAGAUGAAAUAGAAUCAUUGAAUAAUCUUGAUAACAUUAAAAGCAAAGGCAAGUUCAAAAAGUUGUUAAUAUCUGGAUUCAAUAUGUGUCAUCCUGCUUGUUUGAAUUUCUCAAUAUUCAAGUUAGCAAUUCAAAAAUAG